AUGAACGCGGCCUCUGCCACCGAGCACAACCGCAGUGACCGUCGUGGUAGUGACUUGCUAACCGAUUUUGAACACCUCAGUGAAUCGCCAGUGGGUGUGUCGUCGGACGCCCUCGAGGUUGAUCGGUUCUUCAACUUUGGAUCAAGCCGUAGUACUCAUCCUGGGGCCGUUGGUCACAAUCCUCAUCAUCAGCUCCCAUGGAUGAUUGGUUCCAGUGGGCAGUGGCCCCCCCAAACCAUGAUGAUGGGACUCGGACAUGAUCAUCCUUACCAUGACCAUCAUCACAGAGGAUAUCAACAUCACUCGUUGUUCCCGCCGCCGCCUGUCAUGCCAACGGGUCAGCCGUCAUCGGCUAAUCAUCAUCAGCUCCUGCCUCCUCAAUCCCCGAGUCUCCAAGUCAUUCCAACUUCCUUUAGCGCUGUAUGGCCCAAAGAGUGGCCAUCGCAAGAUCAACACUUCGCCCCCAGCUUCAAUGAUAACCCCAUGCCAAACUUGAAUGAGCCAUCGCCGCGGCCCGCUCUGACGGUGCCCGAGCUCACCCAGCCCAUGAUUCCAAAUAAAACUCCCAUGGCUCCCAAGCGGGAACGUGUCACUAAAGUUAAAUCGCGUACAUCCCGCCGGCGCCUCAUGAAGGCCAAAACUAUUGUUGACUCAGACGAAGACGAGAAACCUGUUCAGGAUUAUACGUUUAUACCUUCAAACACUGGCGAUUUUACAUCAGCUCUUCGAGAGCAGAUGAGAUUUACCGUUUUCAACGAAUCGCUGUUACCUACAACGGCGGAAAUCGCUUCUAUGGUGAAAAGGUCUUGGGAAACUGCAAUCAACAAUCAGUCAGCGGAACUUCGCGACUGGGCCCAAGACUUUCGUCGUUCCCAGGAAAAGGGCCUCGCAAACAUAGUUGAUUCCAUCCGAAGUGACAUGAAGGACGUCGCAAGAUUAUUUGUAUUUUUUAGAUUCGACCUACAAACCUAUCAGGUGGCCGUCACGCAUCUUAUCAACCGCGGGGAUCGAGUAUUGCACUUAACAGCAGAUGAUUCGAGAUUUCUCGACGUCACGCUCACGAUCAAUGGGCGCACAAUUGUCAUUCCCUUUGGCAACCCAGCCGUCAUGGCUUACAUCGGGUAUCUGCUGUAUGACAGCAGGUACCAGUAUCAUCGCUACAUUAGCGGCCACCCGGCUCCAUCGCCUCAGGCUGGCCCGCCGGAUGUAUCCGCGCUCAGUGUCGAGAAGUUGCGACCAUUAUUCACGAUGACAGCUAUUCUCUUUCGCUGGGCCUUAGAAGAGCGGAAAACAGGUGCAGUGAUCGACACCGAAUUGUGGGUUCAAUAA